CACCUAAAAUCGAUCCAUCAUUAGGAGUUAGGACGACUGAUUCCUUCUCUUCCAGUGCUGAAACCAAUUGAUCCAUCAUCAAAGUUGAUUCCAAACCUUCAUAUUCCCCAUUUACGAUAAGUUCUUCUCUUCCAGUCUGAUUUAACACAUCAGUUCCAGUUCUCCAGUCGAUUAGGGUUUGAAGCAUACCCGCAAUCCUACCAUUAUCAGAUGACGUGGCGGUGCUGACAUCGGCAUCCAAGAAUCUUCCAACAAACCCCAAGGACCAAUCUUGUGACUCCACUUGUAACGUUUGUGCCAGCUCUACUGUCUCUUGAAGGCCAGCCCCUUUCUCCCAGUUUGUUGGAGGUGGGGCGCUUGACUUUGGGUCAACUGCUGGCUUCGGAGUUGCUGACUUGGCAGUCUUUGUGUUGACUGGUUGACGGGGUUUGACUUGCGGUUUUGGUCCUUGAGUGCUAGACUACUAGUGUGGGCUUUUUGGCAGUAGAAGAUGGCGGUUGUUUGUUGUACACUGAGAAAGAUGGAAACCGCUGAACCGAAUUUUUCCCAAUUCGGAAUUUCUGAAGAGGAAGGCGACAAACUCGUGGCAGAAGUUAUACGUUAUAUCCUUUUUAAAACACACCAAAACUCAGGUUGCCCGAUCAAACGAGACGAGUUGACUCAGCUAGUCACAAAAAACUAUCACAACAGAUCACUUCCGUCGGUUGUUCUCGGCAAGGCUACUACAAAGCUCUCUACGGUAUUCGGAUACGAUAUGAAGGAGCUGCAACGGGCCCGCCCUUCUUCAACUAAUCAGGCCCGGUCUUCACAAAGUUCUGCUGAUGCAAAAGCAUACAUCAUAACAAGUAAGCUAGAUCCUGCCGUCUACAGAAAACACAUUGAAGAUAGUAAAAAAUCGCAUUUAACUGGAUUCACGUUUGUUGUUCUUGGCAUCGUUAAUCUCGCUGGAGGCAAAAUUACUGAAGAAAGUUUGUGGCACCAUUUAGCGCGAUUGGGAUUGUCGCAGGAUGAUGAGAGAAAUGCCGACUUUGGGAGCACUAAGCAAGCGUUGGAAACGCUUGUUCAGCAAAGAUAUUUGCAGAAGGAUAAAGCUAAUGGGCCUGAAGGCUUAACUUUGUACUAUGAGCUUGCAGAGAGAGGCUUGCUAGCAACAGCUAGUAAUAACUUCAAAGAAUGCAUAACACAGAUGGUGAUGAGCGAGGCAACUACUAUAGAGCUUGACUAGCAGCGGCUUGUUAGUGAUCCAAGUCUAUUCUUGAAAAUAUUAUCAAAUUUGAACUCUUUUGGGAUGAUUCUAGAAAGGUGUUUGUUUUGCUAAUUUUGUGUUGUAAGGGUCUAAGGGAUUGGAAAUUAACUGUUAUGAUUUUCCUAAUCUUGAUUAAUGACUUGUCAGGACGUUUUGGGUAUUAAA